UACCUUUCUAAUGGAGCAUACAGCGAUCUUGAGAUCCGCUGCCGCGAUACCAGCUACGCUGUUCAUCGAAUUGUUCUCUGCAGCCAGGUGAAGUUCCUUGAAAAUGCAUGCAAUGGGGCAUUUAAGGUAUGUUUAGAGCCCGUGCCAAAUAGAGAGGCAAAGGACCGCAUAGUCGACCUGAGUUACGACGACCCUACUGCUGUUCGAUCUAUGAUCCAGUUCGCGUACACCAACGACUACUCACUCGACGACGACCAAUCUGGCAAGCACGCGCUGCAACACGUGGACGUCUAUGCCAGCGCUAAAUACGAUAUCCCUAGUCUUGGGAAUCUAGCCAAGAUCAAAUUCAAGCCCAUCCUAGAGAAGCACUGGGACGCGGACUGGGUCCGGGAUGCUGUUCACGGGGUUUAUCAUUCCACCUACUCCUCCGACCGUGGCCUUCGCGACAUCUUAGUCCAAGCCCACCGACGAAGAGAAACCCUCCCACAUCGAAGACACGGCUGA